GAAUCAAGGAUAGCAGCAGAUGAAAUGGUGAGGACGAGCAAAGCGCUUCUGCAGAAAGCAGAGACACUAGGGAAGACCCUAACGGAGAUACUGGUUUGCCCUAUCUCAAAGCAACCCUUGAGGUUCUGUGAGGAAACAAAUGCCCUAAUCAGUGAUGCCAUCGGCGUUUCCUUUCCUAUAAAAAAUGGGAUUCCUUGCUUAGUUCCCAUGGAUGGCAAGAUACUUGAGGAAGAAGGUACAGCAAAGCCCGAGGAUACUGCCAAUUCAUCAUCAAGAACUGAAGAGAAUCAUGGAAGAAAUUCUUAACUUGAACUGUGAGACAUUAUAUCUUUGCAUUAUUAGUUGAUAUUGGCUGUUCCCAUUACUUGCCUUGUAUGUCGCUCUCGAUGUGAUGAUCAGUUAUCUAUUAGCCUGCGGCUAAAUCUGAGCAGAUAAGAAGCAACUCCAUCACCACCAGGGGCAGAAUCAUUUUUGACUUUUUAGAAGUGAAGAUUUUGUGUUACAAACUGGUUGUGUGCUAGUGACCCGUGAUCCGGGGUAUUCAUGUAUCCCAGAUUUUGCUUUGUAGAGAAGUUGUUGGAUUAUACACUGUUGACGAUUUGUACUGUCAUACAUGUACGUCUAUGGGCAAACAUCCGCACCCUUAUAUAAAUUCACUACAGUUUAGAGAAAAUAUGAAUGAAAACAGUACCAAGUAUGUUGUGCCACAA